AUUGAAUCGUCGACUGUCAAACAGGCACAUCAUCAACGGCAACAUGAAGCUCUGUCUGUCUGUUCUUCUUGUUGCCCUCGUGGCCACCCUUCUCCACUCCAUCGAGUAUACAACUGGAAACAGUAUAUGUCCUCGAGAGAAUUGCCUCGAAUCGACGAAAUGCGACGACUUGAUAGUUGGUCAUACGUGUCCAAAAUCCAGUGAUGCGUGUUGCAGCAUAGUGAAAUGGGAGCACAGGACUCACUGCCGGCACUUCGGCGGCGAAUGCAUGGACUGGUGCAGCCAAAGCCUGCGUCAAACGGUCGUCGAUUGUCCAGCUGACAAAGUCUGCUGCACGUUGAUUUAAUCGAUCGAAAUAGUCAACCAAAUCUUCGGAACUUAGAUAUUAUAGAAAAUUAUUGGGCGAGGGCCAUAUAUCAAAAUGGAAGACAAUUCGCAAAUAUUGGUGAAUUUGAAAAAUGUGGAGGAAUGGGAAGAACUAAGCCAAAAAAUCAUAAAAAAUAUAAAUUUUUGCUCAAAGAAGGGCUGCCGUUAUUAAAUAUAAAGAAUUGUUUUUCACAAAAUGUACUGUCAUUUUGAUACCGCUAAACGUUACCAUAUUUUUCUUUUUCUUUUUAAUAAUACGCAAAAUAUAUUACUAUUGUUUAAUUUAUGCAUGUUGAUAAAAGCACUAUAGAAGAAUGCACGUAAGAAAGAUUUUGUAAUUUUUAGAGUGUGUAAUAAAAAAUUACUAUUACGAUCAUGUUGGUGAAAUGUAGGAGCAAUCCAAAAAUAUUUAUUGAGAUUAGAAAAUAUUUAAAAUAAGACGUAUAUGGAAUAAACGUUUACCGUUUAUCUUUAUUGAUCGCGAUUUUUCUGAUAAAAUAGUAAUUAAUGACACAACAUUCUAUGAUCUGCGAUCAAUAUCUAACGAACGAGCAAAUCGUCUUUAAGAGUACGGAACCAUCAUUUCUUUAUCUCUUUCUAGUAAUUGAUCUUUUAAUACAAAUAAUCAUCGACAAGUUUAAUAUCACGGAACGAAUAUGGGAGUUCAAGCAAGAACUUCGCUACUCUCAAGCAUGUCGUAUACGAUCCCUGAGAGAAUAGCUGUUAUGUGUAAAAGAUAGAACUAAUAUCCUA